CUGAGGAUUGUGGGUAGAAGACAGCCAGCUCUCUCCCGGCGCCAUUUUGUGGCGGGUGAGAGAAGCCGUGGCGGUUGUCGCUGCAUCUGCUGCGGUGAGAGCAGGAGGGCCCUUUCCCCCUCGCGAUUCACACUUUGGUAUACUUGAAAAAGAACUGAAGAGGAGCCAUGGGUUCAGACAAACGUGUGAGCAGAACUGAACGGAGUGGAAGGUAUGGCUCAAUCAUAGAUAGAGAUGAUCGUGAUGACCGGGAUUCUAGAAGCAGGCGGCGAGAAUCUGAUUAUAAAAGAUCGAGUGAGGAGCGCAGAAAUGACAGAUAUGAUGACUACCGAGAUUAUGAUAGUCGGGAUUACGAUGGCAGAGAUUAUGAUGGUCGAGAUUAUGACAGUCCUGAGAGGGAACGUGAACGUGAGCGACGUAAUAGUGAUAAAUCAGAAGAUGGGUAUCAUUCUGAUGGAGACUAUGGAGAGCAUGACUAUAGAAAUGACAUUAAUGAUGAGAAAGAAAGCAAGACCAUCAUGUUACGUGGCCUGCCAAUUACUGUUACAGAUUAUGAUAUUCGAGACAUCAUUGAAUCCUGUGAAGGCCCUCGGCCUGCAGAUGUGAGACUGAUGAAGAGAAAGACAGGUGUAAGCCGUGGUUUCGCCUUCGUGGAGUUUUAUCACUUUCAAGAUGCUACCAGCUGGAUGGAAGCCAAUCAGAAAAUGGUGAUUCAAGGAAAGCAAAUUGCAAUGCACUACAGCAACCCCAGGCCUAAAUUUGAAGAUUGGCUCUGCAACAAGUGCUGCCUUUACAACUUCAGAAGGCGACUAAAAUGCUUCCGUUGUGGAGCAGAUAAGUUUGACUCAGAGCAGGAGGUACCACCUGGAGGACCAGAGGCUGUUCAGUCUGUGGAUUACUACUGUGAUACUCUCAUUCUCAGAAAUAUAGCUCCUCACACAGUAGUGGAAUCCAUCAUGACUGCUCUGUCACCAUAUGCUUCACUAGCAGUUAAUAACAUCCGGCUUAUUAAAGACAAACAGACCCAGCAGAAUAGAGGCUUUGCUUUUGUUCAGUUGUCUUCAGCAAUGGAUGCAUCUCAGCUGCUACAGAUUUUGCAGAAUCUUCAACCACCUUUGAAAAUUGAUGGCAAAACAAUUGGUGUGGAUUUUGCAAAGAGUGCUAGGAAGGAUUUGUUACUCCCAGAUGGCAACCGAGUAAGCGCUUUCUCUGUUGCUAGCACUGCCAUUGCGGCCGCCCAGUGGUCAUCCACUCAGCCUCAGAGUGGAGAAGGUGGCUCAGUUGAUUUCAAUUACCUCCAGCUAGGUCAGGAUGGCUACAGCCAGUAUAAUCAGGAUUAUCAGCAAUUUUACCAGAAUCAGACAGGAGCAGUGGACACAGACACAGCUACAAUAUCAGGUGCUCCAGUGACAACUGCUACUACAGCAGCUGUGGUUUCCCAGAGUCCCCAGUUAUAUAGUCAACAGGCCAACUCACCUGAUUCACCGACACAGGCAUCACAGCCCAGCACAAGCACACAAGUGCCAAUAACUUCUCCAACUGGUGUAGUCCCUGGUACCAAAUAUGCCGUUCCAGAUACUUCUACAUAUCAGUAUGAUGAAUCAUCUGGUUUCUAUUAUGAUCCUGUGACAGGGCUGUAUUAUGAUCCGAAUUCCCAGUACUACUACAAUUCACUGACACAACAGUAUCUUUACUGGGAUGGUGAGAAGGAAACUUACAUGCCUGCAGCAGAGGGCACCACAUACCAGCAAACUAAUGCCCCACCUAGCAAAGAAGGGAAGGAGAAGAAAGAGAAGCCUAAGAGUAAAACUGCUCAACAGAUUGCUAAAGACAUGGAGCGUUGGGCUAAGAGCCUAAACAAACAGAAGGAGAACUUCAAGAAUAGCUUUCAGCCUCUGAAUGCAAGGGAGGAAGAAAGAAGAGAAUCUGCAGCAGCAGAUGCUGGUUUUGCUCUCUUUGAGAAAAAGGGCACUUUGUCUGAGAGACAGCAGAUAAUAACAGAAGUAAUAAAGAAUGGUGAUGACGAUAACCCACUGAAACGUGGAUUGGUGGCUGCUUACAGCGGAGACAGUGAUAAUGAGGAGGAUUUUUUGGAAAGGUUGGAGAGUGAAGAAGAAAAGUUAACGGAUUGGAAAAAGCUGGCCUGUUUGUUAUGUAGAAGACAGUUUCCAAAUAAAGACGCUCUGGUUAGACACCAGCAACUCUCUGAUUUGCAUAAGCAAAACAUGGACAUCUACCGGAGAUCUAGACUAUCGGAGCAAGAACUUGAAGCCUUAGAAAUGCGUGAAAGAGAGAUGAAAUACAGAGACAGAGCAGCUGAAAGGCGUGAGAAGUAUGGCAUUCCAGAACCACCAGAGCCAAAGCGGAAGAAAGUCUUUGAUGCUGGCACUGUGAAUUAUGAGCAGCCCACUAAAGAUGGCAUUGAUCACAGCAAUAUCGGCAACAAAAUGCUUCAGGCCAUGGGGUGGAGGGAAGGCUCCGGCUUAGGAAGGAAAUGCCAAGGCAUCACAGCCCCCAUUGAGGCUCAAGUAAGAAUGAGGGGCGCUGGACUCGGAGCCAAAGGGAGCUCUUACGGUGCCUCAACAGCAGACUCAUACAAAGAUGCAGUACGGAAAGCUAUGUUUGCCAGAUUUACUGAAAUGGAAUGAGAUCCAUCUGUCUUGCAAAGAUGAAAAGUGGGGAAUAUCAUCUGUCCUUCCGGCUGACUGUUAUAUACUUUAUGACCCCAAAGAAAAGUUAUGGCUUGGGGUUAACCACUUCUGUUCCUGGUUUUCCUUCCAGUGUAAUUCUUCCAUUGGUGGAUCGUAGGAUGCAAAACGCCCCAGUUUCUUCAUGUUGGAAGAACCAUAACUAGAUAAAGGGAGGGUAUUGUCUGUACAUUUUUGUAUAUAGUGUAAAUUAAAUGUGUUGUGUCAUAUAUUUGAAUAGUCUAAAAGCCACUUCUGUCCUGUGGAGCAGUUGGAAGUGUUAUGACCUGACACUGCUACUUUGUAUUGUUUUUCUCAUUUUUGGCAAAAAGUUCGUGUACAUUUUGUAAGAUAAGUAUUUGUAUAGAAUUUUUCAAAACUUUGAUUCUAGAUGCCAGGCUUCUUUGAGCAGGAAAUAAAACCUAAACCAACA